AUGGCAACCACAGAGAAGGCAAAUCCUUCCAUGGAUACAAUGAAGUCCGGCACUGAUAAGACUUCGAAACGACGACAUCGUGCAUCCGUUGCCUGUGUCACCUGUCGAGAAAAACGGACGAAAUGCGUGGUUCAAAAUGGAGAGACUUUGUUCGUCUUGCCUAGAGCUCAAACAAGAAUACAUCCCCCGCCAGAAGCAGAGCCCGAAUGCGCCACCCAGAAUUUCGCAGAGCCUCUACUCGAGCUGAACUACCCCUCCAAAAACAGCGUUUCUGACAGAAAAUCCAAGAGUCCCUCCGGCGGUUCAAUCCGCAAGCCGAGUCCGGUCAGCAAGAGGUCUUCUACGGUCCAUAAACUUCUGUCCACCAGGGGCCAUCUCAGCUUCGACCAACUCGCUGGUCGGCUACACUACUUUGUACCAACAACAAAUUGCCAUGUGUUAUCGGUAACACAACUUCCAGAAGAGGGCUUGAGGCAUGUACAGACACAGGGAAGACGAACCCAGCGAAUUUUAUCAACUUUGUCACAAAACGUGCAGGAGUAUUUGAUGGGUCUAUUUUGGCAAUACUACAACCCUGUCAUUCACGUUAUUGACCGAAAGGCAUUUGAAGAGGGAAAGGAUUCUGGUGCUGGACCCUUCUACUCUGGUUUCCUCCAUAUUUAUAUCCUGGCAGCUGGUUAUCGAUUUGCAGAUAAGCAGCGACCAGACAUGCUUAGUCUUACGCUUCCCGACAGGGAGAGUAUGCUCCAUCGAGAAGCUAAGUAUAUGUUAGACUACGAGAUGGAGCGACCGGGUGGAAUUCCGUUUAUUGGAGCUCUUUUUCUACUCGGAGAUCCGGAAGUUGGCUGUGGUCGAGAUAAUGUCGGCUGGCUCUAUUCUGAAAUGGCCUGCCGUUUAUGUUUCGACAUCGGUCUGCAUCUAGAUCGCUCUCUGGGCUUCCUGAAAAAGAUAUUGAAAUUGGCCGCCUGA